GGCCGGGCGCGGUGCACGCCGGGGCGCGUAGUUCUCUCCAACGGCACCUGUGAGCGAACGGGUCGUUGGCGGCCGCCCCAAGCGCCACCGCGAGUCCGUGUCCGUUAGCGGCGGGCGGGGCCGCCAUGGGGCCGGUGUGGCCGUUGUUGGUGCUGCCGCUCCUACUGCGGCCACAGGGAGCCUGCGCCCUGCCGAGGUGUAGAACUGCGGAAGAAAACCAUGAACUCUUUACUUCCAGGAAAGAUACCUUUGAGGAUGAAGAGCAGUAUUUGCCAGCUUCUGAUCAUUCUAGUUGUUUCAUGUGCUAUGCAACAAUAGCUUCAGAAAUGGAAGGCGCAGAUCAACUCUUCUUAACUGAGCACCAGUUAAUUCUGUGGAUAUAUGAUCCUGAAAGUGCAGAUGCCUCUGAACUGAAUCACACUGCAGUUUUUCCAUCAGAAGUGCUCAACAAGCUGUUAUGGAUUUUGGGACAGAAACCUGCUGAUCAGAACUAUUUCAAACAAAAAAUGUAUUGUUCUGAGAAGCUUCCAAAAUUCAGCACUUGUUAUAAAAGAGAAGCCAGACGUGUUUUUAAACUUGGAGCAGAACACAAGCUUCCUGAGAGUGAAAUACUUGGAGUGCAUUCAAGAUAUUGGUGUUCAACUGCCUAUCCAGUGCAGAUGGGAAAGCAAUCGAGUACUUUGGCAGCACAGAGGUCUUCUGAGGUGUAUGUUGGAUAUAAUGAAGCAUUUAAUAAAGUAGCAGAUACUGCUAUCUUAGUGAAGAUACUCAAUUUUCCAAACUCUGCUUGUUUAACUGUAACAACUGUUAGCUGUGACUCGGUCCCUUCUGAAGUUACAAUGUUACUUGUUUGCAAUGCCUGCAGCUCCUCUGGACUCUUUCUUCUGGCAUUUGAUAAUGAAGACAAACAACUUUGGGGUUUAGGAGAUUUUUACUUUCCUGUUCCUCACAGUUCUGCUAUGAGGAUGAUAUACAUAAAUUCAGCAUUGUCUCCUGGACUUCUGUGGGAUGAUGUGUUUACUGCACCUAUAAAAACAGCACAGAUAAUGGAUAUCUUCAUGUGUCUGGAUCAACACUACCAGAAAUGUCAGAUGGCAGCACUAUCCACCAGAUUAUUCUUGGAAUUUAAAUUUUCUCGUCAAACUGACUAUAUUUUAGAAUCCAAUUAUACACAGGCAUUAGAAUUGACCGGCAGUGUUAUGUCAGCUGAACUGAAGCCUACCAUUGAAAAUGCAUGUAAAUUACAGCAUGAGGCAAGUUUUCUGUCUGAAGCACAGUCUUGGCACAUGAUGCUUAAGGAAAGUAAAAACUCCGCAGUGGAUGACAUACGGGGACCACAGAAUUACAGAUCCUGUUUUGAGCUUCUUGAGAACAGUUCAAAGGAAGGACUGAAUGAGCAGUAUCAGGCUUUAAACUGCACUUCUCAAAACCACAUUGCUUGGCCUUUCAGUCAUGAUGCCACUCGUGUGUUCAGAGUGAGAAUAUCAGAUCGAAACUACAGGUCAGACGUUUAUAUGGCUAAGCUUUAUUCCUUCAUCACGCUCAGCAUCAUGUUGGUCUGCACCACCUUCUGGUGCACAUACAGCCUCACUUGGAAGCCUGAAACACUGGGUGGAUUCCCACAGAGCUCAGACAAGACCUAAAGGCCAGUAUCUCACUGAUACACAAACAAUGUAAAACAAUUCCUUAAAAUAGGGUGGGAACAACUGAUAGGUUGUUUAUUAAGAGAUGGUUUUGCAAGUACUUUUUAUAUCUCUAUAAUAUUAUUUCAUGUAUUUAGUUUCAUAUACAGAGGGCGUGCCAGUCAACACAUCUAAGCUCCUAUGGGAGCAGAGUCUGGUGUGGCUAAUAGUUUUUAAAAGCCGUUCUCCAAGCCAAGCUGUGAGCCUCACACAUGAGUUGACUUCACUCUAUGGCUUUCACUGCCUCAACUAAGCUAUCAACAUAAUUCUUCAGUGUGAGAAUAACGCAUGCAAAGUUCUGUCAAAGGGCUGCAGCCAGUUGGGUUCUGAAAACACUCAGAACAAUCCACUGUAGGAAUAUUGUGUGUUUCUGGGUAUGUUUGGGGUGGUUUUUUUGUAUUACAUUUUACUUCUGUUUAGUAAAUGAUAAUUCUGUCUUAAAAGUAUGUAUUUAGAUCAUACAUCCUCUCAAGCGUAUUCGUUUCUUCAGUAUAUAAAUGUUAGUUAUAAUAUAGUUGUAAAAGUUACGGUUGGUUACAGUAGUUAAAACAUGUUAUAUCAGUAAACAGUCAUAAUUGCAGCUAUUUUUAACACCAUCUGAAGGCAUUGCUGAACUUCCAGCCUGAAUUUUCUUAUUUUAAAGUUAAGAUACCUUAGGAAGCUUACGCUGUUAAUAGCAAUCGUUCCAUUUGUCUGAAAACAAGGUAGCUAACCUCCAUUGGUAAAUACACGUUGAAAUUCUUACAAUUGCUCUCAACGUUCACCAUCUAUGAAAGUCUUCAUAAUGAUUAUAAAAUCUGUAGAAAUCCAGCUUGAAUCCGAGCACAAUUAAAGCACUGUUGCUGUUUCA